CACUUGUGUGCGUGUGUGUGUGCGCGUAUGGAUUUAUGUAGGACUGAUGAGAGUCUGUUGUUUGGAUGCAGUGAUGAAGUCUCUGUCUUGGCUGCACAUCUGCAGCUUCUUGCGCCUCGACUUGAGUCUUGAACGGUCGACAGUUCUACAUUGUAUGGACUUAAGCAGCAUCGAGGGCGAAGUACCCAUGGCCAUUGAGAGUGGUCCCUAUUUCUGUAUGUAAGAUGUAUGGAUCAGAUUUUCUAGGGUGUGGGUGGUCGGUGGCAGGCUGGCAGUCCGGGCGAGCGAGAAAAAGAGAGCUUCAGUCCCAGAAAAAAACAAGUCCAGCCCACACAGACAUCUCUGCUCACCAACAAAAACCAAGCCAUCAUCAACUCCACACGCUCCUUGAAAUACCCAGCACCCCACUCCACAUCUUCAAAACCAGCACCCACUGUCCUUCGUUCUUCCUUACCUACUUUAUAUUUUCCAAUCAAUACUUUAUUCCCAUCACCUCUCCUUCGCCUCCCUGCCAACCAAGACAAGAUCGACCCUAGUAAACCCCACCCAAGGCAAAUCAUGUCUCUCCGAUUUUUAGUCACUUUGGCCACCAUCGUUAACCUUGCCUCUGGCCAAGCCUCCCCAGAGCCCCCGCAAGCUGGAGACGGGCCUCCACUUACCGUCAACACCCCCACUUCUGUGCAAGCUUGUCUCCCCGUUGCAAUCUCGUGGACCGGUGGUACCCCUCCCGUCUACGUCAGCUUGAUUACUGGUGGACAGGUUUCGAGCCCUAUUCUCAAAGACUUUGGCCCCCAGAAGGACAACAGCCUCACCUGGCAAGUCGACCAACCCGCUGGCUCUUCAUUGAGUGUUCAAAUCCGAGACAGCAAAGGUAAACUGAACUACUCCGACAAGUUCACCGUCCAAUCAAGCACCCAGACCUGCAAGACAGAAGCCCCAGGCAGCUCCGCCCCCUCCGGAGGCUCCACCCCUACCACCCCCGGCAGCAACAACACCAAGCCCGGCAGCAGCCCUACUCCUUCCUCCUCCUCGCCUCCUUCCACCUCGUCAGCCACUGCUGGAAGCCCCAACACCGCUGCUACUACUCCUGGUAGCCCAGCUGGCCAGGCCGGUAAGAGCGACGCUUCCCGCGCAAUCCCCGGAUUCUUCGUCCUCGCGAUGGCCGGAGCCCUUGCUGUGUUUGCAUAAUCUGCUGCACGAACUCUUUUCCUUAUUCUCCAUGAUUACUGGCUGUGGUGGUUUGCUGUGAUGAAGUCUCAAAUUGUUCCGAAUCAGCCGUGGAACUAUCUACCCCCCCCCAUUAUAUUCUCCUAGUCUCAUUUAAUGAACGUUUGGCAGCCCUUCCUUGGUUGCAGGAGUCUCGCUUUUUUUCUGUUUUCUUAAUUCAUCCUAUUUUGCUCUAUGACUUGAUUAGUUUGAGUGAUGUCAAUCAUGAGCAUGUUCUUUCGCACCUUUCAUAGCGCCAGACAAGUUGCGUGAGACAAAUUCACCUGUUAAUCCUUUGGUGUGAGGUUGGAUGGAGGGUGGACACUGGUGUUGUUUGAAAUGCAUACGGACCUGAUGAACAAACAACAGGUUCAAAGCGGCAAGUCUAAC